ACUGACGCCUGCCGUCCUAGCCUUCCGACACUUUAGCGAGCACUCGCGUCGCGACAACUCGCGACGAUGCGCGGCGACCGCGCCGCGCGCGACACGCGCCAUAAUAAAGACCACGAUAACUUAAAGUCUUCACUUAAAAAAGGCAGUAAAUCCAAAAAGCAUCGGGUGAUCUUCGAUGAGAGCGCCAACGAAUUUUUUGAAGCCGAUUAUAUUAUCGUUGUGCGCGACGAGUGUGGGUACUCUGAUGAAGGAGAAGGCGACGAAUGCUCAGGAUGCGGCGCGUGCGAGCGCUACCAGGAGCCGGAGGCGGGCGCGCUCAGCCCGCCCGAGGGCUACAAGGACAUGGGGCUGUUCAACCGCGACGGCACGCUGCGGGAGCAGGCCUGGUGGGAGGCCGGCGACGUGCUGCUGGUGGGCGAGCGCUCGGGCACGGUCUUCACGCCGCAGCACCUGCAGCUGCUGCGCCGGCUGCAGCGCGAGCGGAUGCUGCGCUCCACCAUCUGUGCCGACUGCGACGCGCACGCCGCGCUCCACCAGCCUCUAGAAAUGGAGUACAGCUAUGAGGAAGAGGAGGCAAGUGACGUGGAGGCGGACCUGCGCCCCGUGGCGCGGCGGACCGCCAAGCACAUCGCAGCCGGGGAGGAGCGGCCCAGGAUCAACUCCAGCCAGCAGACCACGCCCACUGACGAAUGCGCCCCGGAGAUCUGCAUGGAAGAGACCAAGCCCGAAAUGCCAGCGCCACUAACCAGUGAGGACAGUGACACAGCGGAUACUGAUGGCAGACUAUCUUCCGAGAGCUCUCCGCUUCCGCAGCGACGGGGAGGCAUAUUGAAAGGCGGGAGGCUGUGGAAGUCAUUGGACACCGACAAGGAUAUGAAUGAGCAGAAUGAUGACCAGAGGUCUACAACGACAGCUAGUGAUGAGGACGGGUCCAUCACGCCGCGAUCAGUGCGGUUCUUGGAGAGGCCCAAAGAUUCGGAGGAAGAGCUCCCGAAGAAGGAGCCAGAAGCAGUACAGACACAAACCGUAGAUACAGAAAUUAUAACACAAAAGGAUUAUAACACCACAAGUACAACACACAGACUGGAGACGCCGCUGAUCCUGACGAUCAACGCGCCGAAAGCCAAUUCAGCAGUCCAGCAGUUGUUCAACAGCGGCAGGCCACCGCCGCCCGCGAUCGAACCACAGUUAGUCACUUCUGAAACGCUGAGGGCUUGGGACGCGGGCGGCAGACCCAAGACAGAGGAAGCCGCGGUUCGCCGCGUGGCUGAAAGAAAUGCUCUACGAUGCUCCUUAUUACGGAGUGAAGCUAGGAAAAAGCAGCAACCUAAGCAGGAAACGACGUCACUUGCUGAACGUAUUCGAUUACUGACUUGCGACGUGGAGGACGAGCCUGAGGACCAGAGGUCGUCGCCUGCGGGGGCCAGUGCUGACAAAAUGUCGAGCAGCAGCGACAAAUCCAGCGACAAGUCAUACAAUAGCAUCAACAUCGACAAGAAUAGCGAGAAAGCGUUCGGCAGCGCGUCGUCAAGUUCGUCUUCAUCAACAAUAUCGGUACCGCUGCCGACGCGCCAACUGCCUCCAGAUCUAGGUGACGUCCAUCAGGAACCACAGAAAAUAAAACCAGAGCCCAGAAGGCAGUUCUUGUCCACAUUAGCUCCACUGACUGCGUGCGUGGGCAGCGCGGCUCAUCACGAGGGCUUCUACUACGUGCCCCCUGGAGACCGAACAUCGGCGUCCUCAGCCACGAACCUUGACCUACAAGAGCAUAACGAUGCGCCAGCUCCAGAUGUCGUCGCAGGCACUCCGGGUAAGCGGUCAGGCGCUGGUGAAGGAGAUGAUGGCCUAGCUGCUUUCGCCAGAGCUACGGCUCCGAGGACUGAAAGACUAAGACAGCGGUACGGCCAAGAGUCGCAGCCCGUCAGUAGCGACGAUGAGCAUGAUGAUUACGGUUUCCACCGUCGGCCGGCUGUUCGAGGCAUAGCUAUGAAGCAGCAACUCGGGGCUUCUGACGAGAUAUUGCAACAGAUGCAGAAUGAACUACAGCCGUCUCCGGGCACCACUCCUCAACAAAUGCCUUCACAUGCUUGCCAGCGCACCAACUCCAAUUACUCCUGGCCAUACUACUCCGAAGCGAACCUCAACUCCAGACCUCAAAGCAGAGCCAGUGCUAACUCUAACUGGUCGAAGUCAUCGGACUACAUGCCGUCACGACCGUGUCAGAGUACCCCGGUACCUCAGCAGCAUUCAGACGCAUGCUACGCGCACGCACAGAACAUGGCCACCUACGCUCACUACCAACAACAGAGGCAGCAACAAGAGAACAUGUACAGGAAUUGCUCUCUUUAUGCUAAUAUCGGGUGUUCGGACAGCAGUCAGGAGCUGUACAGUUCUCAGACGAGCUCGGAGCAGACCUCGCCAGUCCGCGCCGUGCCGCGCUGCCGCCGCCCGGAGUCGCCGCCGCCGAUCAGGAGCCACCAUCAGCUGCUGUACCUGCCGUACAGUACCCACUAUCACUACCAGCACCACGCUGACUACGGAGUACAGCAAUGGCAGCAGGCCAACGAUUACAACCGCAUGCACUCGUAUUACCAACAACAGGCCCGCAGCGGAGCCAGCACCCCGCAGCCGGCGGCGGUGCAACCGCAACGUGCUCACUACACGCAUGCACUACAGCUACAGACGCUGUGCCCAGCACCUGCGAGGUACAGACCUGUUCCAGCACCCCAACCUGGAGGGGGUAAACAGAUGAUAUGCUACUCAGAGAAAGUAGCGGCUCCAAUGUACCAACCAGCACCUGGAUCUCCAUCCAGGGCUGCGCGAGGAGCUCCGGAAGGUGCCCCGUCGGGCGUGUCAGCGCAGCAAGCCACGUCGCCCAUGGCACCUCCCCCGAACCCCGUCUACUAUGCUAUGAAUGUCUGACGAGGAGACUAGGUGAGAAUCGUGGUGGGCCCUACAGGAGAGGUCCGUGUCAGUGUUGAGCCGCAAGCGAAUGCAGCCAUGCCCACAAAGAAACAGUAAUACUUUAAAUUGUUGUUUGUCAAACCCUAAGGGAUCUUGAGUUGGAAAAGGUUCCCAUUUGGUCUGUACCCACAUAUUGCUUGUUGAUGUAAUCUCAAACACUAGAAACGUGUGUCGAUACGUACCCUUGGGACCGAAACAACAAAAUCACAGCAAUGUCUUCAUUGUAAAUAAUUAUUAUAAGCAAUCCAGGUUAUGAGUGUUCGUAAUGUACCUAAGCAUCAACUUACUGGCGAUCGUUUCUCUUAAAUUACUGAUAAACAAAACAGUGAAGUGAAGCUUGGGCAAUGGCUAUUUCCAAAUAUUAUUAUUUUUGCUUUAAUCGAAAAACCAAAAGAAUUAAACUAGAUAAACAUUGUUGGUAUUUGAAAUUAUUAAACAUGUUCUAUAUUACGAAUAACUGAUACGCGAAAUAGUUGUUAUAGUAAAACACUAUUAGCAAUAGCCGAACAUAGAUUAAGUUUCUCAUAAAGUUGUUGUGUAAAAGAGGCUCUGCUGUUUGCAAUAUCCAAUAUUUGCUUAAUAAGUAUGUGUCUUUAAAGUUAAAUCAAAUAUUAUUAACUUUCGUCAAAUCUAAGUAUGAGGAAUGAAGUAGGUAUUGACAUACAGUUGGAAUUCGAGGAAAAGGAAUCUGGGAUGCCUAUUAGUGUCUGAAAAAACGGAAACAACAAUGAAUACGAUGAAGAGACACGGCCUAGAUGAAUCAAAGAAUUGUUAGAUCCUACAUAGAAUAAAAUAAAUAAAUAGUUAACUAAUUAAAUGUUUGCAACGAUUGAAUUUCACAACGUGAAGACAUAGGUAAUCCUACGAAUGUUGAAACAAAUCUGUUUAUGACUAAAAUAUAGCUUACUCGGUCGUCUUGUACACUCUCAGUAGAAGUUUUUAUGAAUACUAACUGAAUUGUUCUGUAUUAGACAAAACCAUUUUGACGCAUUUUCUAAUGCAUAUUUAAUAAACUUUGAUCUCAUUGUUGAUGUUGUUCGUGAACAGGCCUUAUUGGGGCCUACCCAGUAAAUAUAUUUACAAGCGUAUUUACCUACGCAGGGCUUCCGACCCGUGCACUCGUCAUUCAUCUGUUAUUAUUAAGUACCAAAGACCUUUUAAUUGUACCUGUUGGGUGAACCUCCUCAAGGGCGGUCCGCAGGUGUGAAGGCAUGUGAAGUCCAAUUGCUGACAAGUACUUAAUUGUCCUGCGGCGGGUUGUUACACACUGAACGAAGUUGUCCAAGUAUGGCAUAACAAUUGACCAUUUGUUUUCAAGUAUUUUUCCAAAAACGAGUGCCAAAAUAAAUAUUAGCAACGUAGUUUUGAGAAUGAAAAACUAUAUUACUUGUAAAUAUCGACGAGGUUAAGUUUUCCUAUUGCCGGCCUAGAAUCAUUUAAGUUAAUUAAGGCUACUCAGGCUGGUUAUUGAACCUGAAAUAAAACUACUGACAGGAUCAAUAGAAUAACUAAACAAUGAACUAUUUAUAAAAAUGUUGAAUAUUGGCUGACUGGACAAAGGGACACCUCGAUUUUCAAACGACAAUAUUGUUGCUUAAUAUUGUACUUAUGCAUUGUUUGGUAUUAUUUAAGACAAUAAAAUUUAUGUUCACUUGCCGUAAUAUCGCUUUUGCAGAUAAUAAUACAUCGGUUAUUUAUACACUAGAAAUCGUUUUUAAAUAAGCAUAAGAUCGGCUUUUAUCCGUCUUACCACAAAAACUUUUAAACGUCAGUUUAUGCCUUGUCUAAAAAAGUGUCAAAUUAUGACGUUGACAUAUGGUUCAUUUUGCAGCCAAAAUUUUAUUAGACAAGUGUAAAACAGGGUUUAAAGUUUUUGUAGUAAGGCCAUAUGUGUUUUAGUAUUGUGUAAAGUAUUAGAAGUAAUUUCAGCUUAUAAUUAUCUGUAAUUUAUUAUUAUUGAUUAGAAGUGCCUAGAGAGAGCAUAAUAAAACUUUUAAUCACAAUAGAAAAAUAAAAACGAAGCCGCACAACUACUAGACCAAAAAGGAAGACCAACAUUCAACUGUUUCCUUUGAAAAUAUACAUAGAAAAUAUUUUUGAGAAAUCGGCACUGGUAUCUUGCCGGCAAACUUACACCAAUUUAGUGUCAUCUCUUUAAGUGUAGAGGUAAUAAUAAUAUUUAUGAUCGUUACGUGUUACGGGCUGAAUACCUUACUCCGUAGUUUACUGGUCAAGUUUCUGAGUACUGGAAAUAUCUUCUUGCAUUUGUAGCUCAAGCUACUUCCAUAUAUCUAUUUGCACAACCGAGAGUAAUGAAUUACUGUUUCGAUUACAUCUUUGGUCACAACAAAUAAUGACAGUAAGUAGGUAUAAUAUGAUGCCAGAAGCAAGGAUUAAUAAACUAGGAGUAAAGUCGAAAUGCAUAAAAAUUGACCUUUUACUGGAAUUUUAUUAAUAGCUCAAGACUAUUGAAAAAGUUCCAUUAAGUACCUAUUUGAAAAGAAUGUUUCUGUAAAAAGUGUUAGUAUAUAUAAAUGUGUUAUUAUUGUAGCAUAGGUUCUUGUUACCAAAACAUAAGAGUAACCUAUUUUGUAAAUUAAUGCGAUGUAAAUAAUAAAACUAAAUAAAUGUGAAGCCAAAUCCGUAGUGUAGAAAGUAAAAUAAUAUAAUUCAAUUGAUAUAGUUAAGGGUUGUCACUUUGAUUGUGAAUUUGCCACACUGAUACCCACUUUGACGGUAUAUGUGAGUGUGUCACGUAAGUACCUUUAUACGGGAAUGGUUGCCACUGCCCAUAAUGAUCCCGGAGCUGUACCUACUUACUCAAUGUUCUACUUGGUAGUAUUUUACACUACGUAAAACUAGUUACAUUAUUCCAUCAAGUUAUGUGUUAAUUAGUUAUAAACUAAUUUCUAAACAUUAAUUUGAGUAACAUUCCAUAGUGAAUUAAUAAUUUUAUGCAUAUGUACACAUAUGUAUGUAUAAAUAAUUGAAACAAAAGGUAUCAUGAAGUUAUCUUCUUAUAUAUAAAUGUGUCACUGAUUUGGCAUUGUAACAUUAUUGUUUUUCUGCUUGGCAGUUUAUUUAGAAUGAAUUUAAUAUUAAAAAAACAAUGUCACAUUGAUCAGGUUAACCUGUUUAUGUAAAGAUUUAAGUGUUUAUUACUCAUGAUCAUCUUGUGAUGUAAUAGGUAGAACGUUUGUGUUCGCCACUAGUCAAACUCGCGACCAAAUAGUAAAAUUAUUUUUGAAAAAUAAAAAUCUUGGCACGAAAUUGUAAGGACUCGUAUGACAAAGGGGAUGCUAGUUUUUACUGCUAUCAGUGUACAAGUUUUCUCUAAUAAUCACCUUACCAUUUUAUGUAUCUAGGUAUCAAAUCUAAGUACUUAAACAUAAGAAAAAGGGAUGUUGUGAGUAGUCAUUGCGUAGAUUUGUAAGCUGUUUAUUUUCUCAUACAUUAUAUUCUCGAAAGUUUAUAUAUAUAUAGGCAACUACUGUGCAAAAUUUUUAUAUGUAUACAUUCUUAUCUUUGGAAAGAUGAAUAAUUCAUAUUAAACAAGCUCUAGUGAUGUUAAACGUUACUGCAGUUAAAACUAUUAAUGGAAAAUAUCCAUUUAAAAAAUGUAACUUUCAAAAAGUGUAGUCAAAGUUGUAAUAAAAAAUUUGCUUCAUGUAUAGCCUUAAUACAUCAAUAAGGCAUAUACCAAGGAGAUCGCACAUUGAACAUGCCAGAGGCAAGAUUUGUGACUAAUCAUGAAAUUCCGAAAGUAAUGUCACAAGUGUGAAUCUUGAAGACAUUAAUUUUGUUAUUCCUGUAUUCAGUUAGAACUGUGUUACAUGUUUGUGUUAUUGUGUCAUGUGGUCUUAUUUAAAUGUAUAGUCCUGAAUUAAGAAAAGACAUGAGACAAGAAAAACAUUCUUUAACAACUAAUUAUUGCAAUUGUUAGCUGGUAAAUUUAAUUAAAUAUCUUAUUAUACCAUCAAUACUUAUAGAUCUCAUUAAAGUAUAUUCAAAGCUCUGGUUCUGAGAAUUUUAUUGACAUUUGGACAUAUUUGAGCAAACUUUUUGACAUGUGUUGUGAAUAUUGUAUUAUGUCCGUGGAGUAUUGUUUCUACACUAAUACAGUAGUGGUUACUGAAUUAAAUAGUGAAAAUUAUUUCUUAUUAUAAAUUAUUUUCACAUUGAAAUUUCUAUUAAAAAACUAUUUAGUAGAUUUGUAUUGUUUGCAAUUUGUGCACAACUGCACAUUACUGUACUUAAGUUAUUUUUAUAUUUUCUUAAGUUGUUAACCUCUUAUUAUUUAUUGCUGUUAUUAUGUUCAUACAUAAAUUAUUUUAAUUUAUUGCAUAGGUAUUAAAUACCACAAUAAUAUAUCUAUCUAUUUAUAGAAUAAAAUUUCUUUCUUAGAUGCUAUUAUCAAGACAGUAGUAAUAAAUUGAGGUGUAUAAUGAGUGUUAGGGCAAAAAAUUCGCCAUAAAAUGUUUCAAAAUACCCAUGUACAAAUGUAUUUGUAGAUUGGUAAACCAUUAAAAAUUGCAAAGAUAGUCUUUUAU